AUGUCACACGAUACCGUUCACGAUAACCCUUUGGAGCUUGAGGAUUCCCUAAAAAAGGAGGACACCGAGGAAGCAGACUAUGCCAUCGCCGGCGAGUCUUUGGAUGUGGUGCUGGAUCCAAGGAAAGAGGCAAAAUUGCUCGCCAAGUUGGAUGCUGCCUUUGUACCAAUCAUCAUGUUGACCUACCUCACUUGUUUCCUGGACAGAUCGAGUAUCGGAAAUGUCAAGGUUGCCAAUAUGCCCGAGGAUAUCAAUGCUUCACCAACCGAGUUUUCAAUCGCUGUCUCCAUCUUCUAUGUGACGUAUGUGCUUUUUGAAGCACCAUGGGCCGUCAUGAUGAAGAAGUUGACACCUCGCAACAUCCUGACGGGGCUCUGUAUCAUUUGGUCUCUGACCACCAUCUUUACUGGGUUUAUCCAGUCGGUAGGCUCUCUCUAUGCCACCCGUCUUAUCUUGGGUGCUUGCGAAGCAGGGCUGUUCCCUUGUCUCAAUCUCUAUCUGACCAUGGUCUAUCGUCGAGAGGAGCAAGCAAAGCGGGUUUCCUACUUGAUGAGUUGCGCUGCCAUCUCGGGUGCUGUAGGUGGUCUAUUGGCCUACGGGCUCUUGCAAAUGGACGGAAUUGGUGGCAAAGCAGGAUGGAGAUGGGUCUAUAUUAUUGAAGGCCUGUUCAGCAUCAUUUGUGCCCUUCUCAUUUGGUUUGGCUUGCCAAACAACCCGGCCGAGGCCUACUUCCUCACCGAAGAGGAGAAAUGGAUGAUGCGGGUACGCAACGAUCAGCGUCGCAAGUACAUGGGAAGCGAAGAGUUUAGCUGGGAAGAGAUGCGCAUCGCAAUCAGAGAUCCCAAGUUGAUGCUCAGCAGUGUCAUCCAGUUCUGUCAGGAUAUUCUCUUGUAUGGGUUCAGCACGUUCCUACCCACUAUCCUGGGUGGCAUGGGCUAUGACUCCCUGAUGAGCAACGUCUUGACUGUCCCAGUCUAUGUGUGGGCUGCGAUGGUCUUUAUCGCAAUAGCUUGGUGUUCAGACAGAUAUUCCAAAUUUGCAUCGUACAUCUUCGUGGCCAAUAUCUUCGGAAUUGUUGGUUAUAUCAUACUUCUCACAGUAGACAAUACUGCCGUCCUAUACUUUGCUACUUUCCUCAUCGGUAUCACCACCUAUACGUCCGUUGGUCUCAACGUGGCCUGGCUGAACGUGAAUAUCGCUCCACAAUACCGUCGUGCACUGGCAAUUGGACUCCAGCAGACAAUCGGAAACUGUGCUGGUAUCGUUGCCGGCCAGGUGUAUCGCACAUCACCCUAUGUGUUGGGUAACUCCUUUUCCUUGGGGUCCCUGGUGGUAGGCCAACUCACGGUAACUGGUUAUGGUCUAUACUUGCGGCGGGAGAACAAGGUGAAGGAGCAAAUUAUCUGUGGUGAGAAGGAAGAGACUCGACGAGUCCAGACGGGUGAUGGGGAACUGGAAUUCAAAUAUAUCUACUAG